AUGGUGCAGAGUGGUGACUGGAGCAUUCCUAAUGUGCACCUCCCAGGAAAAGGUAGGAAUUUAAGAGAAGAUAUACCGUUUAUACAUAUGGUUUUCUUUGUUUCUGAGAUUUGCGCUAUAAUCUCCUCUCUACUUGCAUUUUAUGAGCUACAGUCACGAUUAGGAAUGAAUACUAGUGAUGUUACUCUAUUAUGAUAUGUAUAUUGGCUUUAUCUGGUCUAUCACCUAUUUUCUGUAUAUACUUUGCAGUGGAUAGUUGGUGCAGCUACUAUUGCCGUUGUUUUUAAAAGUGUUGAACAAUGAGUAAUAUGAUUUUGUAAAUGUCCAUUUGGUGCAGGAAUUUGCUCUUGUGAAAGCUCAUCCGUACUCUGUCUUCUUCUCUUUCUCCACCUCUCACUAAAAUUCUCAAUCUCUCUCUCCCCUCUGGCAUAUUUCCAUCGCCCUUCAAACAUGCAACUGUAACCCCAAUUCUAAAGAAGCCCAAUCUUGACCCUAACUCCCCAUCCAACUAUCGUCCUAUCUCGCUACUGCCUUUUGCAUCCAAGAUCCUUGAAAGAAUUGUGUAUGCGAGAUUGACAGACUUCCUCGAGUCCAACUUUCUGCCAGACCCGCUUCCGUCUGGUUUCCGCGCUAAGCACUCUGUGGAAACGGCACUGACCAAAGUAUCCAAUGAUCUUCUUGCUGCAAAAUCUUGUGGUCACUACUCUAUCCUAAUUCUCCUUGACCUGUCUGCGGCUUUUGACACUGUUGAUCACCAACAGCUUCUUCUCAUCCUCCGCAAUAUCGGUCUACAAGACCUCCUACCUCUCCCAGCGCUCUUUCAGUGUUUAUUUCUCUGGCUCUGCUUCUUCUACCCAACUCCUCUCUGUUGGUGUCCCCCAAGGUUCAGUACUUGGUCCCCUACUGUUCUCCAUCUACACUGCCUCCCUUGGUAAACGUAUUAGUUCCUUUGGCUUCCAAUAUCAUUUCUAUGCAGAUGACACGCAAAUCUACCUGUCCUCUCCUGAUCUCUCCCCGUCCCUCUUAACUAGUGUAUCCAACUGCCUCUCUGCUAUUUCUAACUGGAUAGCUGCCCACUUCCUUAAACUAAACUUGACCAAAACUGAAAUUCUGGUCCUUCCUCCCUCAAGUGUUGUUACUCCUGUGUCUCCCUCCAUCCAAGUCAACGGUGCUACCAUCAGCUCCACCACGCAGGCUCGCUGCCUAGGUGUUCUCUUUGACUCCGACCUCUCCUUCAAGUCUCAUGUUAAAUCUAUCGCCAAAUCCUGUCAUUUCCAUCUCAAAAACAUUGCGUGCAUCCGCCCCUACUUAACGCCAGAUGCGACUAAGGUGUUGGUCCAUUCCACUGUCCUUUCUCGCCUUCACUACUGUAAUCCGCUUCUCAGUUGUCUUACGUGCUCCCAACUUGCACCAUUACAGUCCAUUAUGAAUGCGGCGGCGAGGCUCAUCUUCCUGUCCGCCCGUACCUCCCAUGCCUCACCCUUCCGUCAGUUGCUCCAUUGGCUUCCUAUAAAAUAGAGAGCUCAAUUUAAAAUUCUGCUUCGUGCUUUCAGAUCUCUACAUAAUGCUGCUCCCACCUAUCUAUCCUCCCUUAUACACAAGUAUGUCCCUUCAAGGCCCUUACGAUCUGCUGGAGUCUUACGUCUAUCUUCUGUCCGUACUCCCACGCUCGCCUUCAAGAUUUCUCGAGGGCUGCACCGUUCCUGUGGAACUCCACUCCUUCAAAAAAUCAUUAAAAACCCACUUCUUCAUAAAAGCGUAUCAAUUAAACUGUUAAUAGCUCCUGACUGAUUCCUCUUCUGCAGCUGUCACUAGUCUAAUACUAUCCUUACCUUUUUGUGUCAUUUUACCCCACUCCCUCUAGCAUGUAAGCUCAUUGAGCAGGGCCCUCUGUUCCUGUGUGUCCAACUUGUCUGGUUACAACUACAUGUCUGUUCGUCCACCCAUUGUAAAGUGCUGCGGAAUUUGAUGGCGCUAUAUAAAUAUCAUAAUAAUAAUAAUAAAGCACAAGCAGAAUAAAAAGCCAUUAAAGGGAAACAAUUACCUUAUUUUUAAUGUAUUACUAUGAUAAUGAAAAGAUUAAAAUAGAUACUGUCACAGUCAUCACUACUCUACUACUAGCGUACCUGCGACUUGCUUCAGUGGGUGAAAGGUUUAAAAAUCAAUAUUUGUUGACACUAGAUCCAAAAUAAUGAUAGAAAAUACCACCCAUGCUUCUCUCUAGUAUCAAAACUGGCACUGCCUUGGGUAACCCCACCAAAGUGAGAUUUAAAGCCUCACAAAAUACAAUUUAGAAAAAUAGGUAUGCAAUCAAAAAGAGGACACAUUAUUCACACAUAAAGAACUUCAGCAAACUAAAGUGUGUUAGGUGCGUGGAGUGUUCCUUUAAGAUACGCUGGUCCUGUUUUGAUUUUGUGUCUAGGGAAUACCCUCAGCAUUCAGAAUAUGUAUAACAGGAGGCAUGAUUAUUUAUCUCUGCAUUAAUAUUAAUUUUAUUUGGAUAUGACUCUUAGCAGAGGAAUUGUCUCCUGACUGUAAUUGUUAGUGCUCAUGUCAAAAGGGCCCAUGGUUUGCCGAGGAGAGCUACAAAAGGUGUGCACCUACCUUGGGUGCAAGGUCUCACACCUGGCCAGAAAAAUGCAGGAGGGAACUCCAUCAACCCAUUUCCUAUGACCAGGAAAAUUGUACAUUUUACUGUAGCAGGCAAAUUUACCAUUCCAGUGGUGUAAUGAGUCAUACCACUCCUAUUAGGUAACUAUUUCAUGUAUUCAUUACACCCAUCACAUUUAGUAACAAUAUUUCUAUAGUGCAUCAAUUAAUCACUCACGGUGUAUGACACUUGAAAGUUCCCAAGUUCCCUGCCUGAAGAACAUCUCAGAAGCCUCAUGUUGGUUCGACGGAGUCUGUUCUUAUUUCAUAAACCUAUGUCCAUCAGCGUUAUUGGAUAGGCAGUAGAAAGGUUCCACUUAUCGCUGAGAAUGACAAGAACGUCUCUGUGAACUGCUAUCCAGUUCACUAUUUAGUGAACAGUGCUAUGUACACUGAUCAUCUGUCCCUGUUGUACAUGUGUCCUGUGAACUCUACACAACUUUGAAAAACUGACCUUCCUAACAAGAAGACUACUGUCUUAUUGACAGUUGGGAGGUGGAGCUAUAUGCUCUGCAUCAAAGGCUAUUAUCUCAGAAGUUAAUGAGCCUUGAGAAUCGACCGUAUGAAAACAGAAGUUUUGUCCCCUAUGAAGCUGCAGUAGUUUGAGUACUUCAAGUAAUCCUUCAAAUUUGACUCUUCCUCAAUAUUGGAAAAGCAAAACAGACAAAGGACACAUAGCUCUUAUAUUAAUGUCCGACAUCACAUUUAGAGGUAUAUUCAGUAAACCAGGAUUCAUGGAGAAUGUAAAAUUGAAUAACACAUCUCAAGUAUGCGUGUUCUUGUUUUCAUUUUACAAAAAGUGCAGAAUUCAAUAGAAAUUGCCACUUUUAUAAAUGAACCUGGUUACACCCCUGCCUGUCAAUCCGGUAACCGGUCCUGUUACUUCAUUAGAGCUAAAUUCAAAAGGAAGGCAAUUGCACAGAGCACCUGCCUUGCAAAGACUUCUCAUUGAGAAGCAUUGGGACGUCUGUGAUUGGACAGCCACAGAAAGUCUGGGCGGAGUUAGAAGGGGAGAGCUUUCAAAGGCUGCACACUGCAGAUCUGCAGCUUUUGCAAGCUGUCUUUAGAUACAACCCAAAUGAAAUAUGUAUAAUUAAAAGUCGUGCAGUAUCCCUUUAAGCCAAAAUGAUCAGUGUCUCUUUAAGCCAAAAUGUUGUCAUUUAACAGUCCAUCUAUGUUUGUUUAAAAUUUUCAGUUCCUUUGUUAAUGCUCCAUUGUUCUUGGUAUCAACCCCUUAUGGCAGGCUGACAAUGAUUCAUGCACUAUUGUUAUCAGUUUUACACUGCUCAAUCUCCAGCAUCACAGUAUAUAGUAGUUAUCGGUCAAGCUUUUAAACUCUCCUUUCCUAGACAUGACUUGAAGUUAAAUGAAUGAACAUUUGUGAUAAAUUCACUCCUAUUUUGAUUUAACGUCUCAGCACUCGUUCUCUGUUUAAAAAUUCCCAGGAUGCAGAAUUCUAAUGGUUUCACACAAACACACAAAAAAGCCUGUUUCAUUACUCUGAAAAAAAAAAAAAAAAAAAAAGCAGCUCGACUUUACAUGGCAAAGGGCAAUUAGACACAGUCAAAUAUUGCCCAGGUUAAAGACUAUUUAUUUUCCCACAUCUGUCACAAUGUAAUCUAUUUUUUCCUUGCCUAUUUAAACAAUAAUUCAUUGUUCUAAGCAGUCUGCUUUUUGCUAUAUUUAAGAAUUAAAUUUGCUUUGGUAAUGAACUGAGAAGUUAAUAAUCAUUUUGCAUUGCAAAAAAAGGCAAUUACAGGCUGUCAAGAUGUUUAGUGUCAGAGUUCAUCUGAGUACUGCAGAUGUCUUAGAAGAACAUUUGGUAGGUGAAAGGGUGAAUUUUAAUUAGAACUAAAAAGAGGUUUUGCUACAGACAUCAUUUAGUCACGAAGACAAAGAAAGCACUUUCCCCUCCCCGAUUAUCAAUUGCAUGGGAUAUUCUCUGCUGGUGAAUGCCAGUCUUUUAACGCGCUUUAGAGGAAAAUCUUGUUAGCCAUAGUAAGAAACCUUGCUUAUCUGUGAAAUUCUCUGUGUUAGAGGAAAGACGUUUAUUUAUUUUUUAUUUUAUGAAAAUUAUUUUCCGUUUCUGCUCAUAUUGCACUCCCGUGGUAGUUAUGUUACAACCCCUUCCCAUAUUCUAAAUGAAGGUAUAUUGAGCAUCCCUAGAAGUACAGACAUGUAGUCUACAACAAAGUUAAAUGACCAAACAGAAUGAUUUCUGCAACGGUACUGAAAUGGCUACUUUCUAAAUUCGUUCCAUUGUUGUGUGGGUUUUAUUGUCUUUAAACUACACCGGUGUGUGAGAUUUUCACAUUUUUUUUCCCCUCAUUUGCAGAUGACCUCACCCAGCAUGUCCGAGUGAAACACAUAGAAGCAGCCAAUGGAAAACCGCCAUUGCUUCAACUCUGUGAAUUUUGUGGCCAGGCUGUGAAACAUUACAAGAGCCACAAAAUAUUUUGCAGGUACCUCUAGACGCCUGAUUUUCCAUGGUUUCUUUUAUGUAGAAAAGAAAGCAAGAAAGCUAGAAUCAUUUUUUUUUAAAUGUAAAACAAAUAUUGAUUCUGGACCUCUAAAUGUCUUUUGUGUUGAUUUGGUAUCUGAAAGGGUUACAAGAAGGAACAUAACAACUUAUGCUCAAAGAAUGUUCAUUUAAGUUUGCAAGGUUCUACUCAAUGAGAACACAAAAAGAUGACCAUCAGCACUAAUAGCUUGCAAUUCCUAUAAUUUUCUGUGAGCCUACAAUAGUGAGGAAGAUUGUUGUUUGGAAACCACUGAUGGACUUAUUGCAUAUGUGAGUGGAUAGGUAAUGGCUUCCUCUUGAGUUUAGUUACACUGAGCUAACCAAACACGAAGUAACAAGACCAAUUGACACUUUUAUAAAAUAACCUGGUUACACCCCCUGGCUGUCAAUCAGUCAACUGGUCCUGUUACUUACUGGUUUGGGUAGCUCAGUGGAGCUAAACUCAAGAAGCAGACAAUUGUUCGUUCAAAACACCUGGCUUGCCAAAACCUCUCAUUGAGCUGGGAAGUCUGAUUGCACAGCCGCAUAAAGUCUGGACUUGGUUAGAAGGGGUGGGCUUGGAAAGGCGUCAGAGAAGGGAAAUGCAACUUGCAAACUGUAUUUAAAUAUACCUCCAAUGAAAAAAAAAAAAUGCAUAAUUAAAGGGACACUAAAGUCACCAAAACCACUUUAGCUUAAUAAAGCAGUGUUGGUGUACAGAUCACGCCCCUUCAGUCUCACUGCUCAAUUCUCUGCCAUUUAAGAGUAAAAUCACUUUGUUCUUAAACACUUCCUCUAAAGAGUUAUCUAAUCUUUAUGCUUCUUUUUUAAUUCAGCUUAAUUUAGAAUUUCUUAUAACCAGCAUUGUUAAUACUUUGCUAUAACUUGCAGGAGUCUCCUCUGUGUGAAUGAAGUUUAAUUUACAGAGCAGGAAAUAAAAACGUUUAAAGUAAGUUAACAUUUGAAUGAAAAUGAAAACAUUUUAUUUUCAUGCUGGCUGUGUCAGUCACAGCCAGGGGAGGUGUGGCAAGGUCUGCAUAAACUGAAAGAAAAGUGCUUUAACUCCUAAAUGGCAGACAAUUAAGAAGUGAUCCUUCAGAUGCAUGACCUAUACACAAAAACUGCUUCAUGAAGCUAAAGUUGUUUUUGUGACUACUGUGUCCAUUUAAAUGUAUCCAUGUUUUCACUAGGGGUAUAUCUAGUAAAUACUGAUUUUUGUAGUUAAGCUGUGGACUGUCCAUUUGAAGUGGAGAAAGUAGCAGGAAAUCUGUAUCCACCAUAAAAAAAAAACAAUAGAAUAAAAUAUAGCAAAGGUUAACAUUUAUCUGAAUUGAUACCUUACGCUAAUCUUUAAACUUGAGUUAGAAACAAAUCACAAACGUUUGGAGAUGAUUAUUACAAUGGGCUCUGUCAAAAUGAAAUGCGUUAUUCAUUGAAAGUUUUGUUGAUGCAUAAAAAACAACAACAAACUGUUGCUUUGCAUUUACCCUGAGUUGCACUCUUAGAACUCAUUCCAUCCGAGUUCUUGCUGACCCUUGUAACUUAAGACCUCUUGGAGGAACCGAAGAAUAGUGAUAGCACCACUUCUCUUUUAAGUAGCAAAUUAUCUGGGUUACCCAGGACUUAGUGAGUAGUGCACUGAGUCAUAAAUAAACAAUUCCAAGGAUAUAGUUUUAAUAAGUAUAAGGCUAAAACAAUCAUUUAUAGAGAAAAUAAAGAUUCUCUGCAGAGAUUGCAGAUUAUUAACUUAUAAUAAAAUAAGUUUGAUGUACCAGUCUAUAAACUCAAACCUCCCUCCGUAUCGGACACUGUAAAUGGCAGUCUAUGCAUCAAAACAACUUUUAUGCAUUUUAUAGCUUUUGGCCUCUAAUUAGCUGUGUUUGUGCACGCUCACAUGUAUGUAGUUUUUUUGGGGGGAGGUGGAGGGAGAAUGCUCCCUGCCUACUCUGACCCACCUCCUCUAUUUUAAAAAUACUUCUAUGUGCUGAUUACCCGGGCUGUUGCUAGAGUCAACUUCCAGAAUGCUUUAGUAUCGAUGAUUUCAGCCAAUCCAAUGCUUUCCCAUAGAGACCAUCUAACGGGUGAAGCACAGUGAUUUGACGUGCAUGUGCACUAGCCUCCCAAUGCUUUCCUAUGAGACUAUCUGAUUGAAAUAGUUUCAUUCGGCUAUUUCUGCAGAAGAGCAUCUAUUGACUGUCAUUAUAACAGCCAUUAGAGUCAUUUAAACCAUGAAGAAUUGCCAUGUUUUCAGCUGCAAGGUUAAAUUGAGAGGGACAUGGCACCCAGACCACUUCAAUGAGAUUUUUAGCUUUGUUUCUACCCCUCUCCAUGAAACAAUCUCUAAUAAGUUGUACAUGCACCCUGUAUCCAAUGAGCUGCAGUGAUCUGGGUGCCUAUAUUGUUAUUUAUGUCUUUUUAUUAACCCCUUAAGACUGAAGGGCGUACUAUUACGCCAUAUUUUAGGCGGCUCUAAACGCCGCCGGGCGUAAUAGUACACCCUCCGGUUUAUUUCUUUACUUACCUGGUCGCCGGCGAUCCGACGCCGGCGAGCACGGUUGGGGGGACCCCCAGGGAGCCCCCCGCGGCACAUCCGACCUCCUGUAGCCCCCCCACAUGGCCGGGUUAGCUGGCUGUUGCAUUGCCAGCAGGGGAACUGACUGUAAUGACAGUUAGCCCCCCUGCUGGCCGAAUUCAAAUAAAAUUAAAAGUUAAUAAGUGUAAAAAAAUAAAUAAAUUAUAAUAUACUUAGAUCAUAUAUUACAUACACACACAUGCACUGUCUAGGUGUAUUUUACUAUUAAUAUAUAUAUAAUUAUUGUUAUAUAUUUAUAUACAAUAUAAAAAAAAAAUGUAAAUACGUUAAAAAAUAAAAUUAAAAAAAUAAUGAAAAAUAAAUAAUAAAAAAAUAGAUGUGUGUUAUUUCGUUCUAACUGUAUUGUGAUAUUAAUAUAUAUAUAUUUAUAUCAAAAUACACAGAACGAAAUAAUAUAUAUAUCUAUAUACAUAAAUAUAUACGUAUAUCAAUAUAUAUAUAAUAUAUAUUUAUGUAAUAUUUUUACAUAAUUAGGUAUCUUAAUUAAUUACAAUUAGCGGGACCUGCCUGACAACCCAUGCCGAAAGUGAAGGGAAUUUUAUUUGCUAGCACUAUAUUUAACCCUGUAACUUUCCAAGACACCAUAAAACCUGUACAUGGGGGGUACUGUUCUAUUCGGGAGACUUUGCUGAACACAAAUAUUAGUGUUUCAAAACAGUAAAAUGUAUUACAACGAUGAUAUCGCCAGAAAAAGUGACUUUUUUGCAUUUUUCACGCACAAACAGCACAUACACAGACGAUAUUAUUGCUGCGAUACUUUUUACUGUUUUGAAACACAAAUAUUUGUGUUCAGCGAAAUCUCCCGAGUACAACAGUACCCCUCAUGUACAGGUUUUAUGGUGUUUUCAAAAGUUACAGCAUCAAAUAUAAGGCUUGUGUUUAAUUUUUUUCACAUUAAAAUUCGCCAGGUAGCCCAAGAAUGAAAAUUACCCCUAUGAUGGCAUACCAUUUGCAAUAGUAGACAACCCAAGGUAUUGCAAACUGGGUAUGGCCAGUCUUUUUUAGUAGCCACUUAGUCACAAACACUGGCCAAAAUUGGCGUAUUUUGCAUUUUUCACACACAAACAAAUACUAACACUAACUUUGGCCAGUGUUUGUGACCAAAUGGCUACUAAAAAAAAAUGGACAUACCCCAUUUGCAAUACAUUGGGUUGUUUACUAUUGCAAAUGGUAUGCCAUUAUGGGUGUAAAUUUCAUUCCCGGGCUACUAUACAGUCUUAAAGGCAACAUAACCUAUCUGGUGAAUUUCAAUUUAAAAUGUAACGUGCUAUAUUUGACCCUGUAAAUUCCCAAAACGCCAUAAAACCUGUACAUAGGGGGUACUGUUUUACAUGUGAGACUUUGCUGAAUACAAAUAUGUGUAUUUUAUUGCAGUAAAAGCAAACAGUAUUAUGACAUUGACAGUUAAAAUGUCAUGUAGAACUAAAAAACUCAAAAAAAAUCUUUUCUCCCAUUUUUUUCAUAUUAAAUUAUGUCUCAUAGCUAAAUAUUUGAUAUUAAAUGAAAGCCCUGUUUCCCCUGAAUAAAAUGAUAUAUAAUAAGGGUGGGUGCAUUUACUAUGAAAGAGGUGAAUUACGGUUGGACAGGCAUGUAGCGCAAAUGCUAGGUUUUGUUUACAUUUUGUUUUGUUCACAACCUGUACAUUUGGCUCAGUCCUUAAGGGGUUAAACUGCUUGUCAUUACGGUCCAUUAGAAAUGGAAUCAAUUUCAGUCUGGUUUGUCUCUUUAUAACUAGUUAUUUACUGUCUAUCUGCACACAAAGAAUUCAUACAUAUUAAUAUUUUGACUUUUUUUUUUUUCCUUUCAAAUAGCGGAGUAAAGAAAUUUAAGUGUGACUUUUGUGUACAGUCAUUUCACCGUAUCUCUGAAUUAAAGAGGCACACAUGGACCCAUACUGGGGAACUACCAUAUCGGUGUAAAGUGAGUACCAACAAUUUUCUAAAAACAUGAACUUGAAACAUUUAAAAUGGUUAUUGCCAAUUCAAUUGCAUUUUAACUUGUAUAAUUUAUAACCUUUUUAUUGAUUUGUUUUAUUUAAUUUUUCCCAUAGAUCUGUGGUAAAGGCUGCAGACACCCCAGUAACAUGAAGAAACACAUUCGUACUGUGCAUAAAGCAGACAUGCGUGUGCAGAUCAACCGUGAACAUGCGUCUCCAAGAUUCUGCAAGAACAGGAGGAAUCCUGCAAAAUAUCCUGGACAGAUUCUGCAGCAGCCAUUGCCUAGCAACCACUCCAUGAUGCAGUCAAUCCCUGUUGCUGCUACUGAACCAGUUAUUCAGACUGACUCAUCUGUGUCUCCUGUGUCUAUGGCCUACCUAUCCAUGACUACCACUGCUGAUCAUUCAACCAAUGAUUUUGCCUCAUAUGAAUCUCAGAACACUUCCCCUGAGAUAAACAGGCCCCUGUAACACGGAGUUUAGUUUUUAUUAUUCAAUUUUUCACAUAUGAUGUAUUUAAACAAUAUUUAAAAUGUCUGAACCUACUGGUACAAUUGGUUACUCCCUUUGGAACUUUCAGCACAAAGAUUAUUGUGGCAAAUAAUUACAAUGACA